AUGUCUACGGAAAACGUUGGUACUAGCAGGCGCUUUGUUGGACGCACAAAGCAGGUAGAGGAUCCUUUUGUGAAGACCCUGAGGAUCAAAGUGAAUACCCUGAAGCGCAAUAUGAAAGACCUUGAGUUUGCUAAAAACGAGGUCAUUCGUGAGACGAGCCGUCUGGAAUCUAUUAAACAAGAUAAUCCGGAACGUGUGAAGCAGCAGGAAAAUGUUAUUGGCGAGGCACAGAUGAUGGUUCCCCAUUCAGAGAACAGGGUGAGAGCGGCUCUAAAGGACCUUAAAGAAUUUUUAAAUGAAAGGGGUCCGAGUGAUAAGGAUGACGAGCUGGUGCGAAGCGCACAACAGGCACUGGACGAGGGGGAAUGCGUAUUAUCGUAA